AUGCAAUAACAAAAUUUUACAUUACUUGAUUUAGUAUUCUAAGAAUAAUAAGUCUAGAAUUAGAUUCCUAAUAAAUGCAGUAUUAAAGAAACAGCUAAAUUUAUUCCAUACAAUCCUCUAGGUUUCUGUCUUUUUCUUGAGGCAAAUUGCAAUAGAGAAAACAUUGACAAAUUAUUAUUCAGCUAAAUAUUAAAAAUGAUUGAAGAUAAAUUAUUAGAGCUUGAAGAACGCUUAGAUAAUAGGGAUCAAAUUAAAAAUAUCAAUCAACAAUUAAAUUUACUUAAACCUCAUGACCCUAAUUAUCAAUCUAAGCAUAUGGAUGAUAGUUAAUCUGAAAAUGUGAAAUAAAGUAAAUAAAAUUUAUUUUCUAAGGAAAAUUCAGUUAAUAAUCUGAUAUUGAAAUUGCCUCUCCUAAAGCAAAUUAAGCAUAAGAAUAAUAGUUUAACAAAUCUUAAAGAUCAAGAUCAUAAUUAGGAAGAGCACAUACUGAAAUUACAUAAUUAGAUUCAAAAGUAAAAGUAAAUGAAGAAGGAAUUAUUACAAAAUUAGAAUUAUUUGAUAAAAAAUUAAAAUAAGUUAUUGAAUAAGUUAAUAAACUUUCUUAAAAAGAUGAUUAAUUUUAAAGAAGAAUUGAAUAACAAGUGUAAUCUUAAUUAAAGGAUAGUUAAGAUAGAUUGAUACAAAAUGAUAAAGUUUUUAAAUAAUAUUAGUAAACAAAUUAAGAAAUAACAGAAAAUUAAAGAGGAUAUCUUAGUCGAAUAUCAUAAUUAAGAUAAGAGAUGGAGUAUUUUUUAUAUUUUUAUAAAUUAUUAGUUAUCUAUAAUAAGAAUUAAGUAGAAUAUAAGAGGAUAAUAAACUUCCUUUAUUGUAACUUUAAGAAAGUGUAUAAGAAUUGCAAAAAUAAGUUAGUCAAUAAUAGUAUGAGUUAAUUGCAUUUAAAACAAAUUUAGAAUCUUUUGACAAUGAUUUUUUAACACUGCUUAAAAAAUUUAAGGAUAUUCAAAAUGAUUUAGCUAAAAAGAAGUUAAACUCUAGUAUGACUAUUCAUUAAUAUUUAAAAUGAAGUCAGGUUUAAAAUUUUGAAGUAUUAUAAUUAAUGAACAUUUAAUAUUCUUUCUUACCAAACUAUCAGUUCUAAAGAAUAAUAGGACAUGGAACUUUUGGAUAUGUGUUUGAAGCUUAUGAUAGAACUAAUGAAAAGAAAGUGGCUAUAAAAAGAAUUCAAAAAAUAUCUAAAUAAUUAAGUAGAGAAUAUGAAAUAUUACUUUUACUAAAAGGUUCACCAAACAUAAUCUAAAUAGAAGUAUAAUAUUGAAAAUAAUAUAGGAUAUAUAUUUAUCUUAAACAGAUGAAGGAAUAAAUGUUCAAAAUAUAAUUUUUGAAUACAAGGAUUUCUCCUUAGAAAACAUAUUAGCUUAAGCAAUAAGAAACAGAUAGUUCUUAUAGCCGAAUUAGAUUAAAAGUUUAAUGAGACAAAUCAUAGUAGGAUUAUGUAGUUUGUCAAUUAAAGAUGUAGUUCAUAGAGAUUUAAAACCGUAUUUUUAAUUAUAAAUUUAGUGAAAAUAUUCUAGUUGAUAAAGAUGGAAAUUUAGUAUUAUGUGAUUUUGGAAGUGCUAAAGUAAUUGAUUAACGAGGAAUGAAUACAUCCUAUGUAGUAUCUCAAUAUUAUAGAGCUCCUGAACUUAUCUUAUCUCAUACAAAUUAUGGAGCUGAAAUUGAUAUCUGGGGUAAUUAAAUUUAUAAUUAAUUUUAGCUGUGGGAUGCAUUUUUUCAGAGAUGAUGGAUUUAAAAGUUUUGUUUGAAGGGAAAAAUGAAGGAGAUUAAUUAUAUUGUAUCUUUUAAACUUUAGGAAGUCUUAAAGACAUUGAAAUGAUAUAUUUAUUUUAGUAUUAGUCCUAUAAUUAAGAAAUACAAAAGAGAUUCAAAGGAUAUGAAUAGAAAGAUAUGAAAUUUUGGUUAAACAAGUUUUCCCAUAUACCAAAUAAUGAACUUGCAAUUGAUCUAUUAUUAAAAAUGCUUCAAAUUAAUCCAAAAAAAAGAAUCACUGCUAAAGAAGCUUUAUAUCACCCUUAUUUCUAAACUUGA